AUGGGUAUUCCGUCAGAGUGGGCCAGGAAGUUCUGGGAGUUCUGCAAGAGAAAUGUCAUUCCCGAUGUCUUCAUCAAGAGGAGGUUGAACUUCAUCACCAUACACUAUUUGUACAUGCUUGGAAUGACCCUCCUGGGCUCCGUCAUCAUAUAUGGCAUUGGUGGUAUUCAUUACAUUGACUCCCUCUUUUUUGCCUCCGGAGCUUGCACACAGAGCGGCUUGAACACGGUCGACAUCAACCUCAUGCGCACUGGACAACAAUUCAUGCUCUACUUCCUGGCCAUGCUUUGUAACCCCAUUGUCAUCCACUCGACGGUCGUCUUUGUGCGACUAUAUUGGUUUGAAAAACGAUUCGAGGCCGUGGUCAAGGCCUCCAGUGCCCUGCGUCGAACAAAGUCCAAGCAGCGCACCAACACCAUGCCGAGAGAGGACGUGGAACAAGGUCUGCCGGGCGCGGCAGGGAGAGCGAUUCGGAUAUUGCGAAACACCGGACGCAGUCAAAGCCAUGCGGAUGCAGAGAAGCUCGAGGACAGUAAUGGAAAGGCAGUGGACUCAUCCGACACGUCUCGGGAGGAGCGUGAGGAGUCCAGGGGACAGCCUCCCGAGCACCGUCCACAUCUCCAGACAUCUCAGUCUAUCGAUGACGUGCGUGUUCCCCAGCGAUUGAGCCCAGAACAACACAUCCGCUUUCUUGAGAAUCAGCGGAACCCUAGUGAUACGACGGCUUUGCGAAUCCCCAGCCCUCGCGAGUUCGAGCUUGGGGGCCGACCUCAAAAUGUCAGUACCAGCUUUGACCACAAUAUACUGCGUCCGGUCACGAGUGAGCCAGAUCUCUCCACCCGCGACGAGAGACGAGCCGAGGUGGUACCGGCAGAUGACGCUGUCCCUCCUACCCAUAUCACCAUCGAUGAACCACAGUUCUUGCGAGACCGACAGGACCGAACCGCUACCUUUCCCCGGCUCAACACCAGACAAUCCACACUACCGUCACAUACCUACGAUGCCCCUGAGCCCAGUUCUAACCUUCGUCGGAGGGGUUCAAAUACCUUCCGAUCCCUGCACCGCGUCAAUACUCCGCGAACACAGGAACUCGCCCCGUACCUGAGCUGGCAACCCACCAUCGGGAGGAACUCGUUUUUCAUUGGUCUGACAGAGGAACAGCGGGAAGAGCUGGGCGGGAUAGAAUAUCGGGCACUCAAGGCCUUGGCCCUGAUUCUUGUCCUUUACUUCUUCUGUUUCCAUGUCCUGGGCGCUAUUUGUCUGAUCCCGUGGAUUCUGCGCUCAGGUACUUACGGAAAGUAUGUGACGGAACAGGGGCAGGGAAGAGUCUGGUGGGGCAUCUUCACCAGUGCUUCUUCGUUCAACGACCUCGGCUUCACCCUUACGAACAAUUCUAUGAUCUCGUUUCAGCGCGCUAUCUUCCCCCUGCUGUUGAUGACCUUUCUGAUCAUCAUUGGCAACACGGGAUUUCCGUGCAUGCUGAGGCUCAUUAUCUGGGCCACAUCCAAAUUCGUCCGAGAAGGCAGUCCCUUGUGGGAGGAACUCCAGUUUCUUCUGGAUCAUCCUCGCCGCUGUUUCACCCUCCUGUUUCCUCGAGAGGCGACUUGGUGGCUGUUUGCCAUUCUUGUCAUCCUCAAUGGGUUGGAUCUCAUCUUCUUCAUCAUUCUCGAUCUAAAUGAUCCCACUGUCACCUCCUUACCCGCUGGGAUACGGUUUCUCGACGGCCUCUUCCAAGCCGCCUCGACUCGAACAGCGGGGUUGUCCGUGGUCAAUCUUGCCGACCUGCACCCUGCUAUUCAGGUCAGCUAUCUCAUCAUGAUGUACAUUUCCGUCUUUCCGAUCGCCAUCUCCAUGCGGAGAACCAACGUGUACGAGGAGAAGAGUCUUGGGAUUUAUGGUACUCCGUCCGAAGAGAACGAAGAUGAGGGCGAGCCAAGUUAUGUCGGUGCCCAUUUGCGAAGACAACUUUCCUUUGACCUGUGGUACAUCUUCCUAGGCAUGUUCAUCAUUGCCAUUGUGGAAGGUAGCCGAUUGGAGAAUAUCAAUGAAUCCGCAUUUACCCUUUUCUCCGUCCUCUUCGAAAUUGUCUCGGCAUAUGGUACGGUGGGUCUUUCUUUGGGCUACCCGACCAUCAACGCUUCCUUUUCGGCCGAGUUCCAUACCCUAUCCAAAUUGGUGAUAAUUGCCAUGCAAAUCCGUGGGAGGCAUCGUGGACUGCCUUACGAGCUCGAUCGGGCCAUUCUCUUACCAUCCGAGAGCCUGCAGGCGAAAGAAGCGAAGGAAGCAGAAAGGGUUAUGUCUCGGGUGCAACGUCGGAGAUCGUCCCUAGGAGCACAGUCAAUGAUGUCAGCCGUCGAUGGGAACAUUGAAGGACGACAAUUCCGGCCUGAGACAGGUCUGUCUUCGGGGUUGCGAGACAUCGACGAGGGUUCAGAGUUCCUACGUCCUCGAGCCAAUACCAACAGAUCGCACCACAGAACAGGAAGUUCAACGGAUCAUCAAAUGCACAGCGAACCGCAUAGUGCACGGCGUGGUAUAGGCAUUGGUAUGUUCAAGCUGGCGUCUGGCGUCGAGGCCAUCAAGGAGGAAAAGCUUCGGGAGUGA